CCGAGCCCCGCGCGCGCUGCUGCUGCUGCUGCUGCUGCGCGGACGGGCGGACGGGCGGGCGGGAUGCCCCGCGGCUGCCGCACUUUGGCCCGCGCCGUGCCCUGAGCGCCAUGGAGCAAUGGAGACAGUGCGGCCGCUGGCUCAUCCUGUGCCAGGUGCUGCCCCACGACCACCGUGUGGUCUGGCCCUCGGCCGUGGCCUUCGACCUGGCGCAGGCGCUGCGCGAUGGGGUCCUGCUGUGCCAGCUGCUGCACCAGCUCUGCCCGGGCUCCGUGGACCUCAAGGACAUCAACUUCCGGCCGCAGAUGUCCCAGUUCCUGUGUCUGAAGAAUAUCCGCACGUUCCUCCGAGUCUGCCAUGAUGUCUUUGGACUCCGUAGCUGUGACCUCUUCGACCCCUUUGACCUCUUCGAUGUCCGGGAUUUUGGGAAGGUCAUCUCCACUCUGUCCAGACUUUCCCAUCACAGCAUCGCCCAGAACAAAGGCAUCAGGCCCUUCCCGUCCGAGGACACGGUGGAAAAUGACGAUGACAUCUACCGAAGCCUGGAGGAGCUGGCCGAUGAGCAUGACCUGGGGGAGGACAUCUAUGACUGCGUCCCCUGCGAGGACGAGGGCGACGAUGUGUAUGAGGACAUCAUCAAGGUGGAGGUCCAGCAGCCCAUGAUAAGGUACUUGCAGAAAAUGGGCAUGAGCCAGGAUGACAAAAGAAGUCGCUGCCUGCUGGAGAUCCAGGAAACUGAGGCCAAGUACUGCCGCACGCUGGAGGACAUUGAGAAGAGCUACGUGAGCCCCUUGCGGUCCCUGUUGGGUCCGGCGGAUAUGGCCGCCAUCUUCAUCAACUUGGAGGACCUGAUGAAGGUGCACCAGAGCUUCCUGCGGGCCAUUGACUUGGCCAUGUUGGCGGGCGGUGGCUCCCUGGCCAAGGUCUUCUUGGAUUUCAAGGAGCGGCUCCUGAUCUACGGGGACUACUGCAGCCGCAUGGAGCAUGCACAGAAGACGCUGAACCAGCUCCUUGCCAGCCGGGACGACGUGAGGCAGAAGGUGGAGGAGUGCACGCUGCGGGUCCAGGAUGGGAAGUUCAAGCUCCAGGACCUACUGGUGGUGCCCAUGCAGAGGGUGCUCAAGUACCACCUGCUCCUCAAGGAACUCCUGAGCCAUUCCACAGAUCGGCCCGAGAAGCAGCAGCUGAAGGAAGCGCUGGAAGCUAUGCAGGACCUGGCCAUGUACAUAAACGAGGUGAAGAGAGACAAGGAGACGCUGAAGAAGGUGGCCGAGUUCCAGAGCUGCAUUGAGAACCUGCAAGUGAAGCUGGAGGAGUUUGGGCGGCCGAAGAUCGAUGGGGAGCUCAAGGUUCGCUCCAUUGUCCACCACACCAAGCAGGACAGGUACCUGUUCCUGUUUGACAAGGUGGUGAUCGUGUGCAAGCGGCGGGGCUACACCUACGAGCUGAAGGAGAUUAUUGAGCUGCUUUCCCACAAGAUGACGGACGACCCUACCAACAACAAAGACAUCAAGAAGUCUCAUGGGAAAGUGUGGUCCUACGGCUUCUACCUCAUCCACCUGCAAGGCAAGCAGGGCUUCCAGCUCUUCUGCAAGACGGAGGACAUGAAGCGCAAAUGGAUGGAGCAAUUUGAGAUGGCCAUGUCGAACGUGAAGCCGGACAAGGCGGGUGCCAACCAGCACAGCUUCCAGAUGUUCACGUUCUCCAGGACUACCACAUGCCGCGCCUGCCGCAUGCUGCUCAGGGGCACUUUCUACCAGGGCUACCUGUGUGCCCGGUGUGGCGUUGGGGCCCACAAGGAGUGUCUGGAGGUGACUCCGCCUUGCAAGACUGGUUCCCCUGCAGACCUGGAUGCCAUGGGAGCCAGCCCAGGUCCAAGGAUGGUGGCUGUGCAGAAUUACCAUGGUAGCCCCGCUCCCCCUGGGAAACCAGUGCUUACCUUCCAGGCGGGUGACGUCAUCGAGCUACUGCGGGGUGACCCUGAGUCUUCAUGGUGGGAGGGGCGCCUGGUGCUGACUCGAAAGUCUGGCUGGUUCCCCAGCGCAUCUGUGAAGCCAUGCCCUGUGGACGGCCGGCCUCCAGUCAACCGGCCACCGUCUCGAGAGCUAGACUACACUGUGUACCCCUGGUUCGCAGGCAGCAUGGAGCGGCAGCAGACAGACAACCUACUCAAGGCCCAGGCCAGCGGCACCUACCUCAUCCGUGAGCGGCCUGCCGAGGCCGAGCGCUUCGCCAUCAGCGUCAAGUUCAACGAUGAGGUGAAGCACAUCAAGGUGGUGGAGAAGGACGGCUGGAUCCACAUCACCGAAGCUAAGAAGUUUGAGAGUCUCCUGGAGCUGGUGGAGUACUACCAGUGCCACUCGCUCAAGGAGAGUUUCAAGCAGCUGGACACAGCACUCAAGCACCCCUACAAGUCCUGUGAGCGUGCGGCCCCCAGGGCCUCCAGCCGCUCCCCAGCUUCCUGUGCCUCCUCCAACUUUUCUUUUCUCAGUCCUCAGGGCCUCGGCCUCGCUUCUCAGGGCUCCUCUGCUCCCUUCUGGUCAGUUUUCACGCCCCGCGUCGUUGGCACCGCCGUGGCCAGGUACAACUUCGCUGCCCGGGACAUGCGAGAGCUCUCGCUGCGGGAGGGGGACUUGGUGAGGAUCUACAGCCGCGUUGGUGGUGACCAGGGCUGGUGGAAGGGCGAGACCAAUGGACGGAUCGGCUGGUUCCCUUCUACAUAUGUGGAAGAGGACGCUGUCCAGUGAGGGGAGCCUGGACAGUUCCUGCCUCUUCUCCAGUGUCGCUUGGCACCAGGACUCAGGGUGGUGGCCACCAGCUGCGUGUCUUCCCGGCCUCUGAACACUCGCCCAGCGCCUGCCCAGGGCCCACAUGUACAUAGUAGGGGACUGUCCCUACUGGAACCCUGAGCCAGCGCUGCCAUUCGUGUGUGGUGGGGCCCAUCCCCAGGCCCUCGGGCUCCACUUCCUGCGGCUCCAGGAUCCCUCAGCUUCCCGGGACCUUGGUGCCCAGCACUUAUAGAGACUCUGGGGCACUGCGCCCCCCACGGUACUGUUCUCUGUCCUGAGUCCCAGGACAUGCCUGUGCCUGUCCUUGUCCUGCUGCCAGAGGCAUCAUUCCCGGCCUUGCCGGCUUCUGCACCAUGAGCUGGCUCAGGGCUCCCCGGAAACAAGUGCUCUUGGGGCGCCUCUCCCCCUGCACACCCGUGUUCCCAACAGACUCCUCCUGACCACUGACUCAGCCAGAUCCUGCUGCUCCUCGGUCUGUGUCAUGGGGGUCUGGUGAUGCUGUCUGUGGCCCAGCCAAGAGCAUCUAUGAGAUGCUGAGGUCCCCUGUGUGGGGAGGUGGCGGGCACAAGCUCCCAGAACAGGUGGGAGGAGGCUUGUGAAGAUGAUGCGGGGCUUUCGGGGCCUUGAGAAAGCAGGCUCCAUUGCUGUUGGGGACACGCUGAGCACUAACCAGCCUGUCUAUGUCACUGUGUCUGCCAAGUUUUGUUUUGUGUUUCUGUUGUUGCUGGGGCUUUGGCGUGUUCAUUUUGUAAGGUAAGGAAGUUUGGAAUCAUUCUCUCCAAAGCUCCCUUCAUGUGUCUGUGGGUACGAAGGAUGAGAUUUUUCUCAGAACAGACCGGGAGUCUGCGGGGCCUGGACCCACAUCACGCACGCCUGUUCCAUGUCUGCUGUCUGGAAGCCUGUGGGGGGAGCAGUGAGGGACCUGCCCUGCCCUAGGAAGGGGGUUGGGGGCCCUGGGCUGGACAUUCGCUGUGAACACAGGAGCCUGAUGCAUGCGAGUCAGGGAUCCGGGGGCCCACAAGCCCAAAAGGAACAAAACUGUACUUUUGCCAAUGGGAUUUUUCAGACCCCGGUUUUUACUGCCAAUAAACCUGCGUUCUGCACCGCGGGAGUCGCUGCCGGCCCGCCCGGGA